GAAACGCUACAUUCAAGGAAACGUAAUGAAUGAUUCCGUCAUAUAAUGGGAAAACGCAAUGAAAAUUAUUCUAGUAUAUCUUUUCCUCAUUUACUGCCACACAGAAUCUUAAUUUAAUUUCAAUAUUUCAGCCACAUUUUAUUGCCCGUGUUUUCAAAAAUCUGAACACUCUUUCUAGUUCUUCCCAUUUGGCAGCUGUUCAAAAGUUGACUCAAUUUCAAGGAUUUUGUCCUCUCUCUCUCUUCAGUUUUUUUGGAGGAGCAGCAAUGAGUAAUGGAGAAUCAAGCAUCGUCACAGCUCCUACCAGGAUUGAGCAGGGGAAGUCUAAGGCAAUGGUGGUUUGUUUUUUUCUUGGACUCGGAUCUCUCGUCUCAUGGAAUAGUAUGCUAACAAUUAGUGAUUAUUACUAUCAAAUUUUCCCAGAUUACCAUCCUGCAAGAGUACUCACUCUAGUUUAUCAGCCAUUUGCACUUGGAUCAAUGGCGAUUCUUGCUUACAAAGAGGCCAAGAUCGAUACAAGGAAACGAAACAUAUUUGGUUACACUCUCUUCUGCAUAAGCACAUUUGCACUUCUCCUAAUCGAUAUAGCCACAUCGGGGAGAGGAGGGAUUGGAAAUUAUAUAGGUGUGUGUGUUUUUGUUGCUGGUUUUGGAAUUGCAGAUGCUCAUGUUCAAGGUGGAAUGGUUGGGGACUUAUCUUUCAUGUGCCCCGAGUUCAUGCAGUCAUUCUUCGCUGGCUUGGCUGCUUCGGGUGCCUUAACCUCUGGCUUGAGGCUUGUGACAAAAGCAGCUUUUGAUAAAACUGAUAAUGGACUUAGAAAGGGAGUUAUGUUGUUUCUUGCAAUCUCCACCUUCUGUGAGUUUCUGUGUAUACUGCUUUAUGCGUUUGUGUUUGGGAAACUGCCUAUUGUGAAGCACUUCCGCAGGAAGGCAGCAUCAGAAGGGUCGAAAACAGUUUCAGCCGAUCUUGCUGCAGCCGGAAUCAAGACUGGAGAUGGCGAAAUUCUGUUGUUGUUGCAGGUAGAUGAUGUUAAACAGGAUCGGUUGAGCACCAAGCAGUUGUUGCUUCAAAACAUUGAUUAUGUUUUGGACCUUUUCCUUAUAUACGUGCUCACAUUGUCGAUUUUUCCUGGCUUCUUGUAUGAGAACACGGGUAAUAAUCACGGACUAGGCGAUUGGUAUGCGCUCGUCCUUGUAGCAAUGUACAAUGUGUGGGACCUAAUCGCAAGGUACCUUCCUCUGAUCGAAUGCAUAAGGUUGGAGUCAAGAAAGGGCCUCACGGUCGCGUGCUUGUCGCGUUUCUUGCUCAUUCCUUGCUUCUAUUUCACGGCCAAGUAUGGCGAUCAAGGAUGGAUGAUAAUGUUGGUGUCGUUCUUGGGGCUGUCCAACGGCUACCUAACGGUUUGUGUCCUCACUGUUGCUCCGAGAGGCUAUAAGGCACCGGAGCAGAACGCUUUGGGGAAUUUGUUGGUAGUGUUUCUUCUUGCUGGUAUAUUUGCGGGCGUUGUUCUUGACUGGUUGUGGAUCAUCGGCAACGAUACGUUCUAAACGACGUCGUUUUCAUUUGUACAAAGAAGUUGAAAUGCAGUGGAAAAAGCUGGUGGUAUAGAAUUGAUGGUUCUGCCAUACUUGAAGCAUGUGUUUCAUAUUAAAGGAAGUGUAAUGAUAUAAACUCUUUUUCCAUGAAUAGAAAAUAAGAAAUUUGCUCA